AUGGCAUUCUCCGCCUGGAUUUCCCGCCUGCGUUCUUCCUCACGACCAAUUCGCGCCACUCUCAGAAACACCUUUAAUCGAUAUCAGAGCGUGUCUCUACCAGGAAGCGUUUCCAGAGGGGUUUUGGGCUCCGAGAACAUUCCGGCUUCAUCUUGGAUCGGGUCUUUACUUCCAGUAGCUCUGGCUGCCUCAGCUGGCUCUAUUGUUUUCUACUCACUCCACAACAAUGGUCCAUCUUACUGCGAGUCACCGAAUCUUGAUCAAACAGGUAAGAGCUUCGGCGGCAAAGAUAGCACAGAGUACAUGGUGAAAGGUUCGCACAGAAAAGUCCCACAGGAGCUUAUUGAAACAUUGAAGGUCAUCUGUAAGGAAAAUAUGACAUUAGACUAUGAUGAAAGAUACUUUCAUGGGAAGCCACAACACAGCUUUCACAGAGCUGUGAACAUACCUGAUGUAAUUGUUUACCCAAGGUCUGAAGAAGAGGUGUCAAAGAUUGUAGCUUCCUGUAAUGAGCACAAGGUUCCUAUUGUGCCUUAUGGUGGAGCUACCUCAAUUGAAGGGCAUACGUUAUCUCCUAGUGGUGGAGUCUGCAUUGACAUGACACUAAUGAAACGUGUCAAAUCAUUAAAUGUUAAAGACAUGGAUGUGGUUGUUGAACCUGGUAUUGGGUGGAUGGAGCUUAAUGAGUACCUUGAGCCUUAUGGUUUAUUCUUCCCUUUGGAUCCUGGUCCUGGAGCAUCCAUUGGUGGAAUGUGUGCUACACGCUGCUCGGGUUCUUUAGCUGUAAGGUAUGGGACAAUGCGUGAGAAUGUUAUCAACCUAAAGGUGGUUCUACCCAAUGGAGAUGUUGUCAAGACUGGAUCCCGUGCCAGGAAAAGUGCUGCAGGGUACGAUCUAACUCGUUUGAUAAUUGGAAGUGAAGGAACCUUGGGUGUUAUAACAGAAGUUACACUACGUUUACAAAAGAUUCCUCAACACUCAGUGGUAGCAAUGUGUAACUUUCCAACAAUUAAAGAUGCAGCGGAUGUUGCUAUUGCCACUAUGCUGUCCGGCAUACAGGUUUCGAGGGUGGAGCUUUUGGAUGAAGUUCAAGUGAGGGCAAUCAACCAUGCUAAUGGGAAAAAUUUGCCUGAAGCCCCAACUUUGAUGUUUGAAUUUAUUGGCACAGAAGCAUACUCAAGAGAACAGACACUUAUAGUUCAGAAGAUAGCUUCACAGCACAAUAGCACAGAUUUUGUGUUUGCAGAGGAUCCCGAAGCAAAGAAAGAACUUUGGAAGAUAAGGAAGGAGGCACUUUGGGCUUGCUUUGCCUUGGUACCAAAUUUUGAAGCAAUGAUAACGGACGUGUGUGUUCCCUUGUCACGCCUUGCAGAGCUCAUAUCAAGAUCGAAGCAAGAGCUAGAUUCUUCAUCAUUAGUGUGCACUGUUAUUGCUCAUGCUGGUGAUGGGAACUUCCACACCGUGAUUCUUUUUGAUCCCAAUGAUGACGAACAACGAAAGGAAGCUGAGAGAUUAAACCAUUUCAUGGUGCAUGCAGCUUUAGAUAUGGAAGGGACAUGCACUGGGGAACAUGGUGUUGGCACAGGCAAGAUGAAGUAUCUAGAAAAGGAGCUUGGAAUGGAGGCAUUGAAGACUAUGAAGAGGAUUAAGGCUGCUUUAGAUCCCAAUGAUAUCAUGAAUCCAGGAAAGCUAAUUCCUCCACACGUUUGUUUCUAA